AUGCCAAUGCUGCGGGCGGGGCGCACAGGGAGCGGAGAGCGGCCGACACGUCCAUCGUGGACGUGUGUUGUGGGGAGUGGAUGGUUCCACCACCACGGAGGAGGAAGUGACUACCAGUGCCUGCCCCUGGAAGGUGUGGAGUGGAACAACCCAGUAGCUGGUAAUCAGCACAACAGCUACAUGUACGGGGCAGAGUACCAGGUUAAUAGUGAUGGGUAUUUCUCCACAGACACCAUGGGGCCGUAUAUCUCUAACCCUUAUAACUAUGACGUCCCCUGCUCUGUGUGUCUGGCCGUUCGUCGGUCCUCACACGUCAUGAUCCCCGCCCGCCUGUCCUGUCCCACGGGGUGGAGUAAGGAGUACAGCGGGUACCUGAUGUCAUCUCGUCACAACCACAACAGCAACAAGAACUUCAUCUGUGUGGACGGAGCUCCCAACCUAAGGGCGGGAUCAUUUGCUGACCUAGAUGGAGCCCUGCUGUACCUGGUAGAGGCGCAGUGUGGCUCUCUUCCCUGUGGGCCCUACAUCAGUGGCUAUGAGCUGACCUGUGUGGUCUGCACCCUGUGA